AAAGCGACACGGCGGCGACGCAAAACCCAGAACCCUAGCCUCCCUCCGGCCCUUCGCCCGCGCACUCCCAUGGAGCCGGCUGCCUCCACCCCCCGCGGCGCUCUCCCCAGGAAGCGGCGGCGGAGCCAGUCGCCGCCUCCCGCAGGAGAGGGCCCCGUCGAGCCCGCACUCGCCAGGCCUCGCUUCGGGGAUAACCUCGACCUCAUCCUCUCCCUGCAGGGCAAGGAGCUCCCCCUUAAGAGAAAGAUUGAACUAGCCUUCAAUUUUAUCACAACCGAGUCAAAUCGAUCAAGCUAUGGCCAUAGAGUGGACAAUAUUCAGCUAUCACGUAUGGUGUCAUUUAUUGGAAAUUGGGUGCAGUCUAUCCUAAUUCUGCCGGAGAAGAAAGUGUCAGAAUCUUUUGAUCCCGUAUUGGAUUAUAGAUGCUGGGUCAUCUUAAGAUUUUGUAUUGAAAAGAAGCCAUCAGUCUCUAUUUCUCUGAACCUACUUAAAACACUUGGUCGUGUUGCAAAGCAUGGUUUGAGCAGAGUAAAUGUCACUGCAUGUGGUGACAAUGAAUCUUUUGAGCUCUUCAAACAAGUUUUGGAAUGCAUGUCCUUUCUUUUCUCCGCCAAUACAAGAGCUUUCUUCAACGCGAGUGUGGAUUUGUGGACCUUUUGUAUCAUUGAGGCUAUCAAUGUUGUCCAGAAGGAUUCACCCAAUGAGAAGAACGAGUGUACUGUCCUUCAGGAUUUUGCAAAUUGUCUGCUCGAGCAAUUUUCAAGUUUUCUAAGAUUCUAUGCAAAUCCUAAGAAUAUUUUCCGCACCUUUGUUGAUAAGAUUCUUGAUCCACUGUUGGAAUUGUUGGUUUUACUUAAUUCACAAGCAAAUUCUAUCAAGCACAAGCAGGCAGGAACCACGCUGAAGAUUGUUGAAGAAAUUUUGUCAAAUGGACUGUUUCAUCCGCAACAUCUUAGUGGAUAUUUUGGUCUCAAGAAUUUGAAUAAAGCAUCUAUUGCCAAGGAUGUCAGAGGGAGCUACCAUAGGCAUCUGUUUGAGCGAUUCAAAGGAAUAAAAGUAGAAACCAAGGCUGUAUUGCUUGCUGGGUUUGGUAACUUGCUUCAAUUGUUUGUUAGCAGAGCUAGAAGUCAAACAACAUCUUUAGCACCAAGGGGAACAUCAUUCAAAAGCCCGCAAAAUAGUAGCGAGGGCUCUGAAGAACCCCAGCAUCAUAGAGAAUCCCUUUUUGAAGUGUUCGUGCAGUUUAUGGAACCUUUGGUGUUAGAAUGUAAAUCAUAUUCGCAAAAGGACUUCUCUAGAGUUACAAAGCUAGUGGAAGUUCAUUGCAUGCUGAAGUCCAUAAAUGAGAUAUUGACAACUGUUAUCAAAGAGAAACUUUAUGUGCCUACAGAGGACACAUCUGAAGGAUCUUAUUUGCAGUUCUUGCAAGACAUUUACAUGGUCUUAAUCUUAAUGUCUGAAAAACUGUAUGACUUCUGGGUGUCAGCUGUGUGUUCAGAAGAUACGAAUGUCAAGAAGAUGCUACCUUUAAUGUUUGUGGAGAUUGUUGUUGCAGUUGGUCAUUUUGUGGAAAUAGAAUACAAGGUUAUGGGGGAUGACCUUGUAAAAUUGUGGUCAAUGAUUUUUGCUUUGUCUGCUAUUAAUGCAUCUUCCAAGGACAUUAAGCCCUGCUUCCUACUAACCUCAAAGAUUUCAAGCCUUUCAGCCCAAGUGAUUCACACAUUUAGUGAGCUUCGCCAGGUUGCACACUCCAUUUGUAUGUUGUGCAAUUCUGUGAGAACGUUCAGCGCUGUUGCUGGUCCUGAUGUAGUACCAGGCCCAUUUUCUGUGGCUUCUUUAUCCUCACACAAAUGUUUGGAAUCACUGGCAACAUUGUUGAGUUCCCAAACACUGAGGGAUGCUAUCUGUACUUCAAUAAAUUCAAUGCCAGAAGGACAGUCUAGUCGGUGCAUAGAGGAGAUGACAGUAGAUCUUACAGAUACAUUGAAAUGGAUGGAAAGUUGCAGCGAGGAUGUUGAUUUGGAAUCUCAGGGAAAGUCUCGUUCAAGUGCCAGGAAGUCAGUUUUUAAUCAGAAAGCUGAACUUUUUGGAAGGCACUUAUCUGAACUAUACUCAAAUGUUCUUGACUCAAUAACUGUGACCCCUUCAAAUACUACAUUGGUUGCAAAAUCUGUUGAAAGGUUGGUGAAUGCAAUCCGACCCAACUUAACUCAGUUGGUGAGAAAUGAAUCAAUUAAUUUGAGUGAGUUCAUCCGUUCAGUCGUAGGAAAAAAUCUAUCUGAUAAACAAUGCGUGAACUGGCAGAAGAUUUCAAGUUUGUCCUGGCUUUUUGUCUUCUUCUUCCGCAUAUAUGCAUCAUGUAGAAGUCUGUAUAGGCAAUGUGUAGGCCUCAUGCCUCCAGAUUUAGCCAUAGAAGCAACAGAAUUAAUGGGGAUUUCAUUCACUGUAUGUUGCGGAAAUGAAUGGACCAAUACAGCCAAUGUUAUUGCGGAAGGCUAUUUUGCUUGGAUUGUUGAAAGUUCAGGCUCCCUUUUGAAUGGUAUCGAAAUUUUGUCACAAUCCAUUCCAACAAACCAUUCUGGUCUUACUAUGCUCGUCUACAUCCUUCAUGUGAUGGCUCUGCAAAGACUCAAUGACCUUAACAGACAGAUUAAUGUCUUUGACUUUCUGCUUGAAGAAGAUACACAUCAGUUUGAUAAGGAGGCUAGAGGAAACACAGAGUUAUUAAAGGAGUCUUGCUGUCUUGAGGCCGCUCGACUGACGAAUUUUAUGAUGAGCUAUAUGAGAAUAUUGUCCUCAGGAGAAAAUAGCCAUUUUGGGUGUUAUGAGAUUAGUUCUUCCAGGGAUCUGAGUAUAUGCUCUUUAGAUGAAGGUUCUUUUCCUGUAGCAACUUGGCAGCUUCUGUGUGAAAACAUUGAUAUUUGGAGUUCUCAUGCAUCUAAGAAGGACUUGAAGAACUUCUUUUCUAACCUGAUAAGGUUUUCUUUUGUUCAAAAGAGGUCAUGCAAAGAUGAGGAGAAUAGCAGCUGUCAAUAUUCAUACAGAGAAAUCACUUUGCAUACUAUUUCUGUAGAGCUCCUUUGUGAUGCUAUUAUUUAUGAUCGAAAGGUGCUAUUGAAGAAUUUGACAUCAAGUUUUUGUCAUGCUCUGAAGAAAUCAGCAUCUUCUUUUGUCACCAGAGAUGACGAAGAUAAUGCCUUAUUGGACAUCUCACCUGAUUUGAUGGAGAUAUUAAAUAAACUGGAUAGCGAGAAGUUGUUAGGCACAUAUCCUGAUGCUACACAUGCACACAUGGUCGAUAAAUACCGGAUCUGUGAGAACUUGCUUAAAUUUUUUAGCACAGCUCCUGGAUUUCAUUCAAACUCCAAGUCAUUCUUGCGACUUAUAACCUAUAUUCUCCAUCUCGAAAGACUCCUGCUAUUGGCAUUGCUAAGCCGUCGUGAUGAAUCCUGUAAUCCCAUUGAGCUAAUUUGUCUGUUUGUAUGUUGUCGAAGGGCAAUGAAAAAUCUUGUUUUGAAAUUUGGUGAAGGAUACCCAGAGUCAAAGCAGUACUCGGCAUUUUCCAAACUUGUUGGUAACUCAUACUCUCUGAUUUGGCUUUUGAGUUCUGUUCAGGAGAUUGUUGGUUUGUCUCACAAAAUAUUUGAAGCAGACCCUGAUCAGAAGAAAAAGACCUUAUUCUCCUUGGUAGAUACGACAUCAGAAAUAUUUUCUAUACUAGCGAACAUGAAUUCUAGAUUUUGCUUGUUUGGUCCUGAGAAAAAAAUUAGAUCCUCCCUGAAGCACAGUCCUAGUGAAAGCAACACUUCAGAACAUGAUGGCCAGACAUUUGAUGUACUAGAAAGUUCAGCCUUCGAAUAUGUCAAGACUAUGGCUGAACAGUUAGAGAAGACUACAACUGGCAUACCCAUAACUGUAAACGGUCGUAAUUGUGUUAUCAAAAUAGAGAACUGUUAUAGCACCGUGUGCUGGGAUAAACUAUUAUGCACUAUGUCUUGCAUAGGUGGAUUCUUGUGGGGUCUUAUUUCAGCAUUAGAGAGCACAAUUAAAGACUAUCCAGUGUCAAGCUCAGAAGAAAGAAAAUCAAUGCUUCAGUAUGCCUCCAGUUUUAGCAUAUCUAUUGCUAAAUUUGAGACCUUUGUAGAUAUUUGUUUGCAUGUUUUGUUUAUGGAGAACAAGGGUUGUGAAUUUGUUGAUUUAAUGUCUGCUCGUCUUCCACAAGAGCUGGAAUGUGAGAAUGGUUUUCUGAAUAUUGAUGUGGUCAUGGAUGGAUGUACUAUGCAUGAAACAAAGGAUAAUGGAUUACAGUCAGAUGUUCUGCCCAGUAUUCCAAGUGAAAAUCAUUAUGUCGGUCCAUUUAAUAUACGAUGCAUGAAAGAAUCUCUUUUGGAAAACCUGUUAAAUGGUGAAGGUCCAUUUGUGGCAUUUACUUUGAGGGAGCUCUACAGUGUAUCUGCUGCUAUUGCUAAGUUGAAGGGCCUCCUAUCCUUUCCCAGUGGUGUCUGUCGGCAGGCACGCAAUCCUUUUGAACAGCUGUCAGUGGGUCCAAUGAUUGGGACAGCUUAUAUCGCUCUACAGAAAAUUGCAGACAUGUCUAAUUGGCCAGAUAUGUAUUCUCUUGUAUGGAUUGAUGGAAUAUUGAGAUACCUUGAAGUUAUAGGAACUUUGCCUAAACACAGCUUGUCAAAAGAACUUUAUGCUCAGAUAGUAAAUGCACAUAUGAGGGCUAUUGGAAAAUGCAUUUUACUUCAAGCAAAGAGUGCAACUCUACCUACACAUGAGAUUGGAUCAAGCACAAAAACUCUUCAUUUGAAGAAUACAUCUGGUUAUGUUACUAGAAAUGUCAUCGAUAGGCAGAAUAUAAUAACCUCGUUGAAAUCAAGGCUUAGACUGUCAAUGAGAAAAUUUGUUAAUGUUACAUCAAACAUGCAUCUAAGUGCAACUCUGCAAGUCAUUGAACGAGCAUUGGUCGGAGUGAAUCAAUAUAGCCACUCAAUAUAUGAAGUAAAGACAGGAACUUUUGAUGGUGGGACGGUUUCUUCUGAUGUUGCCGCUGGAAUUGACUGCCUCUAUCUCGUUCUUGAAUCUGUGCCAGGAAAUAAGCGUGUUUUUAAGAGAACUAUCCCAGACCUAGUUGGUGCUUUAUUCAACAUUGUUUUGCACCUUCAAAGUCCAUUCAUUUUCUAUAUGGAGAAGCUGCCCCCUCUUUACCCCGGUUUUCAUCCAGAUGCUGGAGCCGUUGUUCUAAUGUGUGUUGAGGUUAUCACAGCAUUUGUGGGGAGGCAUACUCUUCAAAUUAAUGCAUGCCAUGUAUCCCAGUGCUUGCAUCUUCCUGUGACACUUUUCAAGGGCUUCAAACAUCUUCUUGCUGGUCGGAGUGGAUCCUGUUCAUCAGAAAUUUCUCGUGGCCAAACUGUAGGACAACCUGUAGAAAGUAAGGAAUAUAUACUUGAUAGACAAUUUUCCAUUGACAUGUAUGCUGCAUGUUGCAAAUUGUUAUGCACUGCCCUUCGGCACCAACAGCGUGAGGUUGGACGAUGUGUGGCUGUACUGGAGGACUCGGUAAACAUACUACUUAGUUGUUUGGAGUCUUCAGAUACCAAGAAGGUUAGCUUGGCGGGAUAUUUCGCUUGGAACAAGGAGGAGGCAAUAAAAUGUGCUUCCUUUUUUAGAAGGAUCUAUGAAGAGAUGCGUCAGCAAAGAGAAGCCCUAGGAAAGCACUCGAUGCACUUUCUUGCUGGUUACAUUUCGAUGUUUUCUGGACAGGGUCCAUUUCAGACAGGCAUAACACGAGAAAUUGACGAGGCCUUGCGACCUGGGGUGUAUUCCCUAAUAGAUAUCUGCGAGGAAAGUGAUUUUCAACAGCUUCACACAUAUCUGGGUGAGGGUCCAUGCCGAGCCACUCUUGCUAACCUGGUGCAUGAUUAUAAACUACACUUCCAGUAUCAAGGCAAAAUUUAGUUGAACUUAAGAUUGUUGGGACACUUGGGUGUUUAUCCUGGUUAGGCCGGAUAUUAAUCCUAUAGAGAGCCAUUUUCUGCGUGACCUUGGGUUCAGAGCGGAAAGUAUAGCACAACCUUAUGCACCAAACAAUGGAACAAUCAAUGAGAACAUGAUUUAAUGCUCACCAAAUCAGCCUGUUGGUAGUUGUGACAGAUGAGGAGAACCAAGUUGUUUGCAAGAAGUCCCUGCUGGUGAUAUGUAGCCACCCAGUGAUGUUCUUUAAAUGAACUCGGUAAUCUUGAGGACAUGUUGGACUCAGUAAUCUUGACAUGUUGGCAUUCAUAUUUGCCAUUUUUGGGUAAUAUCUUAUGCACUUGCUCUGAACCAAACUAACAUCCUCCCUCCGUCUGGAAAUAAGUGACGUGGAUAAGUGACGUGGAUUUGUAUCACUUAUUUCCGGACUUAUACAAAUCCUUGUCACUUAUUUCCGGACGGAGGGGAGUAUUAUUUAGGCCAUGCUCUAUAACUAUGACCAAGAUUUAUUUAUUUUACAAAAAAUCUAAGAUGUACAUGUCUGCAAAUUAUGUGAACUUACAAAUUCUCAUGCAAGAUUACUGUGCUUGAAAACUACAAA